UUCUAAUCCAAUCCGAGGCAAAUCUUUGUUCCAAUAGAGCAGUGAUCUCUUGCGUCCACACUUGGUUUAAAGAAUGAUAUUUUACCCUCGUUGGCAAACAUCCAACAUUCAAGAUCUUGCGAUACUCCCCAGAUCGACGCGACGUCAUCUCACUCUUAACUGUGGGAUUUAACUAUUGCAGAUUUGCGACGGAUUACGGGAUCACGACGUCUCCAAGUUUUAAGCUUCAACAUAUCCUGGGCUCACUUUGCACAGCGCGAAUAAAAGAAGAUAAUACCCAGUUGCUCUCUUCAUUUCUCGUAUUCCAGCUCUAGGCCAUUGCUGUGCGGAUGUCCAAAUUACAGUAGAAACAGUGGCAUAAAUCAAUUGGUAUCCUCAUAUCUUUUGGUUAAGCAAGGAAUCUUUAAUCCCAUUCCUUUGAACCAAAAAUCUGCAUGAUAUACGAGGUGGAACAUGCCUGGGCUCUGCCUUUUUGGGUUUCUUGGAGACAAGUCAUUUUCUGAGACAGUUGGCAAGCUUGGGCCUUGGAGUUGCUAAUAAGUGGCCUGUUGCUCAAAAAAUACAAGAGGCACAAUGGUUAAUAAAGAACUUCUGUUGACCUAUCUGUACCUUCUAAUCUACAUACUGCUUUCAUCAGGAGUUAUUUUGUACAACAAGUGGGUCCUCUCUCCAAAAUACUUUAAUUUUCCAUAUCCCAUUACAUUGACAAUGAUUCAUAUGGGGUUUUCUGGUGUGGUAGCAUUAUUUCUCAUCCGCAUUUUGAAGGUAGUAUCGCCUGUCAAAAUGACUUUGAAAAUAUAUGCAACGUGUGUAAUUCCUAUAAGUGCCUGCUUUGCGGCUAGCUUAUGGUUUGGCAACACAGCUUACUUGUAUAUUUCUGUAGCAUUCAUCCAGAUGCUGAAAGCCCUGAUGCCUGUGGCAACAUUUCUCAUGGCUGUUACUUGUGGAACUGACAAAUUGAGGUGUGACGUGUUCUUAAACAUGGUCCUGGUUAGUGUUGGAGUUGUUAUAUCCUCAUAUGGCGAAAUUCAUUUCAAUGUCGUGGGUACACUAUUCCAAGUUACAGGAAUCUUUGCAGAAGCUCUUAGGCUGGUCCUAACACAAGUUCUUCUCCAAAAGAAGGGCUUAACAUUGAAUCCUAUCACCAGCUUAUAUUACAUAGCACCAUGCAGUUUUGUGUUUCUUUUUGGCCCCUGGUACCUGCUGGAGAUGCCUGAGUUAGAAGUUUCACAGAUUCAGUUUAAUUUCUGGAUAUUUUUUUCGAACGCUCUUUGCGCUCUAGCCUUGAAUUUCUCAAUUUUUUUAGUAAUUGGUAGAACUGGAGCAGUAACCAUCCGAGUUGCUGGUGUUUUGAAAGACUGGAUACUAAUUGCCCUAUCAACCAUUGUAUUUCCUGAGUCAACAAUUACCAGGCUCAAUAUUAUUGGCUAUGGAAUUGCUGUAUGUGGUGUUGUCAUGUAUAACUACUUGAAGAUUAGGGAUGUCCGUGCACCUCAACUCCCUACAGAAAGUAUCCCAGAGAGAACCACAAAGGUCAUCUCUCAAGAUCUGAAGGUUGAAAAGUCACCUGAUCUGUAUUUACCCAUCAACAGUAAAACUGAUGGCUAUGGAGGAAAAACUGGAUAGAACAGUUUUACUACCGAUCCGUAUGUGGGCGAGGAGGCACCUUUAACUCCUUCGAGGAUGUCUCAUCUUGUGAGAACCCAGCUUAGCAGCCACUCAGCGUGAUCAAUGAACUCUACAAAUCAUAUCUUUCUCAUGCUUACCUUUAUUUAGAGAAUACUUUACUAGAAGUGAAGAACCAAACUGGGACAAAAUGCGAAAAUAUCUGUACCCUCUCUCCUAAUUUGUAAUGAGGAGUUGUCAUUUUUUGCAGAGCCUAGCUACCAUGUUCAUAAAUGCCCUGGAAACUAUUGUAGAAACUUUUAUUGGUUAAUGCAGCGAGGCUUGGUUAUGUUCA